UCUUCGCCAUCCCGAUCAACCCACGCAAACAACAUGCAUGCGACAUAGAACAGCACAAGGAUUCCAACAAUGGCACGAUCGCCUUCCGACGCCACGCGUUUCACGGCAACAGGCCCCUACGCCGCCGAAUCCUCGAGCUUCACAUCAACCGCACCAGCUGCAGCAUCAUCAUCCUCAUCAUCCCUCGGCUCUCGAAUACCGCUGACCGGCCCCGCGCCCCCAAAUGAAACGCCACAGCAAAAGAUCGCGCGACUGCGCGCCGCAGCCACGGCGGCGAGAGUAGGCCAGGAAAGCCAGUACGACAAAGUGGUCCGCAUAGGCCGAGUCGUGGCGGAUCGAGCACACCGAUACACCGCGCUGGGCCUGAUAGGCCUGACGGUACUCAGCGCCAUGGUGGCUACGGCUGGUGUCACAGAUAUGCUGGUGCACAAUCGGCGACGCCGGAACGAGUGGUUUGCGGAGAAGCAUGCAAAGACCAAGAGCGAUUUGAAAGAGGCAUUUGCGGCCAUGGAUCACGGUACUGCUACAGACGACCAGAUGCUGUUGAUCAAUCGAGAGCGUGCGGCCGCUGAGGCUGCAGAGGCGAGGAGAAACAGGCCGGGGGUGUUUAAGAGGGCAAAGAGUUGGCUGUUCAGCGGACUUUCAUCUGAGGAGCAGAAAGGGGGAAAGCUUGGAGCUGGAGCGGCGGAUACGCUCGCCAUGUCACAUGCCAUUAAAGAGGAGUUGCUGGAUGACCGGCCGAAUGGAGGCGUGUUGAAUGCCGUUGAACGAAGAUUAGACGAGAAGCGAAGGUCUGGCGAACAGGUGGAAGAGGUAUUUCGGCCACGAGGCGGUCCGCUAGACCAAGAGGCGCAGAGAGCAGCGAAUGCGGCCGCAGAUCUGACCAAGAGCUGGUCGAAUUGGGUAUUCGGAGGCAGCAAAUAAGUGGCGUGGGCCGCUAAAUGUACCAUACUCGGUCCUCCACGCAACGUCGUGUCUACAUCUCGCCGAUAAUGACGAGGCCAACGGCUCUUCAUGUUGUGGAACGACACCCUUACCAUUGUUUCGACUACUUUCAUGGUGACAUAUGGGCGUCGGAGAAUAAGCGUAACGCCUGCCACGGGCGACGGGCCAACGUGCGGGAAGCUUGGUAGCGAUGAAGUGCUCACGUAUGCGUUCAUCAUCAGCACCAGCCAACGGAACAAUCAACAUUGUCAAGUGAUGAUGUCGCAAUUGAAUAAGAGCG